AUGCUACCGAAAUUUCCAAAUUUGCCUAAUGAUAGAAUUCAAAGUACUUCGCCUUUUAAAAGCAUUGGAAUAGACCAUUUAGGUCCUUCUUUUUAUAGAGAAAUUGAUAAUACAGAGAAAAAAUUCUGGAUUACUUUAAUCACUUGUCUUUGUACACGAGCUGUUUAUUUGGAGCCAGUUAAAAAUUUAAAAGCCGAUACUUGUUUAAAUGUUUUGAAAAGAUUAGCCGCUCGAAGAGGAUGUCCAGAAAGAAUUUUGUCUGAUAAUUCUAAAACGUUUAUAGCCUGUGCAAAAAAUUGUAAAGUGCAUUUAAAAAUAAUAGGAAAAGAAUUAGAAUGGAAAUUUAUUAAAGAAUUAAGCCCAUGGCAAGGAGGAGUAUAUGAAAGAAUUGUGGCGUUAGUCAAAGAUGCUUUUCGUAAAACUUUAGGAAAAAGAACCUUACAAUGGGAAGAAAUGUUAACGUUCACUACAGAAGUUGAAGGAAUCUUAAAUAUGAGACCUUUAACAACUAUAGAUGAAAAUCCUGACGUACCGGGAUUAAUUCCCUUGCGACCUGUAGAUUUUUUAUGUCCACAACGGAAUCUAUGUUUAGAAUUAGAAAUUCCUAAAACAGAUGACUCAAUAAUGAAUUUUGUAAUCAAAUAUAAAGAUUCAUUUGUAUUUACAGAAUUUCUCUUAAAUGAAUUAUGGAAACGUUGGAAAAAAGAAUACUUAAUCUGGUUGAGAGAUAGAAGUCAAUGGGCAAUGAAAGGUCCUCGUUCUCAGACAAAAAGAGAACCUAAUGUUGGUGAAAUAGUGAUUUUGGAGGAAGAAUUUGUCCCCAGAAAUUUAUGGAAAAUUGCAAAAAUUGUAGAAUUAUUAGACACAAAAGAUGGACGUUGUAAAUUGAAGAAAAUUUAAAUGAAAAAAUUGAAGAAAAAUCAAAGGAAAUUAAAACAGUGAAUCAGAUAA